UGGUUCAUCCUUUGCAGUACGAGAAGCAACUUGUAAAUAACGUCUGGGUGAAUUUGAAUCAUAUGGUUACUUCUUUCCCACUUUUUCACCAUGUCUGAUAUUAUUUUGGUCACGUAUGAGCCGAGUAUUUGACUUAUGGAUAUGAUCUAUAUGAUCCACUGAUGGUGCAUCACAGGAUGGAAGAACCACAGUUUUUUUUUUAAUGUUGUUUGGACUUUAAGAUACUUUGAGGCUAUAAAUCAUGAAUCGGUUGGUAUCAAUAAUUUGAAUAUUUGAGUGUUUGAGUUGUGAAAUAUUGCUUCUAGUCUUGGUUGUCUUUGCUAGAUAUAUUAUUGAGACCAUUUUACUUGUUGGGAGGGGGGAAAAAACAAACUGAAAAUGACACUGUCCGUGGUGCUGACCUUCUGUUUGUGCUAUUUUGUGGGGUCCUUGUGUGUUUAAGUAUGAAAUUGUUGUUCCAAGUUGUAGCAAUAGUGUAAUUGAAAAUAGAAGUCGUGUUUCUGAUAUUCUGUUUUUACUUCUGCAAAGUACAGGCGCAGUAUUGAGGUUAUGUUUUUGCUGAUAUUUAUCUUUUUGUUUGUGUUCAAAAUAACUUGAAUAUUUCUCAAUGGAUUUGGAUGAAAUGUGGAUGUGGAAGACCUGUUUAAAUAUUGGGGGUGGGGAUCGGGAUCCCUGUCUGGAUCCAGGAAUGUUUUGAACUUCGAGACAUAUAGGACAAUUUUUGACAUUUGUGCAUAUAAUGCCACAAAAAAUGGUAAGAGCACUUGGGUUUGAGUUGUGAAAUAUUGCUUCUAGUCUUGGUUAUCUGUGGUGGUUUUCCCGGCACCCUUUUCCACCUGUAGACGUGGAAUUGAUUAGUAGUAAGGUGUCUCUUCAGUAUUAACGGAAGAGACACCUUUACCUGGACUCAGACUUUACCCAACUCUGAGAAUGUAAUGAUACGAUCUGCUCAGGCCUCCUGAUAUAAAUACAGUACAGUUGCCUUGGUUUGUCUUGCUCUAAGUCAUUGAAAUAUUUUAUGUUUCAUUGUGUUGUACAUUAGUUUGAAACAAAACAUAAUAUGAAGGUAGCUGGUCAAGCAAAUUGGUAUAAAGGAUAUGUUUGGCAGGGGGCAAGGGGGGCGUACAUAUGACUUGGGGUCAAGCUUCUGUUUGUUAGCAGGAACUGUAGUUUUUACAACUCCAAAAUAUAUGAAAAAUAUAUGUUAGACGGCUAUGGAUGUGAAUGGGAUAGAUGAUAAUGUACAUAUGUAAAAGUAAGACUGGGAGUUUUUGUGAUAAAUGUGUAUUUUGGUAUCAAUUCAUAGUGUUGUACUGUUUGUGCAAGAUUGACCUUGUAGAAAAGUAUCUUUUUUUACCACUAGAUGUCGCACUUGGCUCACAGACGCUCCCUUCUUUGUCAGUGUUGGGAGAUGGGGCGUGAUUCUUUGUUCGUCAUGACUAAAACUCAUUAUUUCGUGGUCUGACUCCGAAGUCUUAAAAUGUUACUGACGGAGUAAACCAUUCUGGUGCUAUCUGUCGAAGAAACUUGGGAAAAAUUAUGAAACCAGAGGACAAUUCCCGUUUUUGGAUGUAUUAUUUCUUGCCUUUGUUUCAUAUAUGGAGUGUGGUAUCCGCACAGAUUGUCUAUUCCGUGACAGAGGAGUCGAAUCCCGGUAUUGCAGUGGGGAAUUUAGCGAAGGACCUGCACUUGGAUGUACAGGAUUUGGAAUUCCGAGGUUUACAAAUAACUGGACCGAAAGCCAGGUAUUUGGAGGUGAACACUAAAACCGGGAUACUUGUUGUGAAGGACAGAAUCGACCGAGAGGAGCUGUGCUCUCGCCGUUUAAAGUGCUCUUUGGAGGUGGAAGCCAUUACGAACGCACCUCUCAAUCUUUAUCGCUUUGAGGUUAAAAUUGUGGAUAUAAAUGACAACGCGCCGUAUUUCCGACAACCUGAGAUUGUUCUAAAUGUGUCUGAAUCGGCUUUUCCCGGAGAAAGAUUUACUUUGCUUAAGGCGUUUGACGCAGACGUUGGGGGUUAUUCAGUAAAAAGCUACAAACUCAGCCAAAAUGAGCAUUUUUCCUUGGAUGCGCAGAAUCCCGGUGAGCAAUCCAUGUCUGCGGAAUUGUUGCUGCAAAAAGCUCUGGACCGAGAGAAACAGUCAGUGAUAAAACUCACAUUGACGGCUCUGGACGGAGGAAAACCUGCUAAAUCAGGAACGUUGCAGGUCGUUAUUAAUGUACAAGAUGUUAAUGAUAAUAUUCCCAUUUUUGACAAGGUGCUAUACAAAGGCACCGUAGCUGAAAAUGCACCCAAUGGCGCAAUCAUUUUGUCCGUGAAUGCUCGUGAUUUCGACGUGGGUCAUAACGGGGAAAUUGAAUAUUCUAUUAUUAAUCACGACGGUGAUAAUGAUAUUGAUAAAUUUGAUAUUGAUUCAACUACGGGGGAAAUAACAGUGAAUGGUGAUUUAGACCACGAAAGAAACAAUGCCGUGGAAAUCAGAGUGCAAGCAAAAGACAAGGGUUUGAAUCCCAGGGCGUCGCAUUGUAAAGUUCUUAUCGAAAUAAUCGAUGUUAAUGAUAAUGCACCGGAAAUAUCAGUGACGUCAUUAGUCGAUGUAGUUCGGGAGGAUGCGCCCAUCGACACAAUGGUCGGACUCUUAACAGUGAAAGACAAUGACGCGGGGAAAAAUGGCGUCGUUGACGUCAGAAUAAUGGAGGCCGUACCUUUCAAAAUAAAAAACACAUAUAAAAAUCAUUAUUCAUUGGUAGUAAAUGGAGUUUUGGAUAGAGAGCAAAUUUCUAAAUAUGAUAUUACAAUAACCGCAUCUGAUGAAGGGGUCCCUUCGCUCUUCAGUACAAAUAUAAUUACUGUUCAUGUUUCUGAUGUUAACGACAACGCACCCCGCUUUGGAGACUCUGUGAUUAAUAUUUUUAUUAAAGAGAACCGUCCCGCUGGUGAAGUUGUAUACACCAUAAGCGCAGAUGAUGCAGAUGUAGACGAAAAUGCUAAAAUAUCAUUUUCAAUAAUGAAUGCUAAUCAUCUCAAAGAGGAUGUAGCGAGAUUAAAUAUUAACAUCAACUCCGAGACUGGAGAGAUAGUCAGCUUGCAGUCAUUUGACUACGAGAAGCUAAAGACCUUUCAGUUCAAAGUCCAGGCCACAGACUCCGGUGUUCCUGCACUCAGCAGCAACGUCACCGUGAACGUUUUCAUCCUGGAUGAAAACGACAACAGUCCCACCAUCCUGGCGCCCUAUUCCGAGCACAGCUCCGUUAACAGCGAGAGCAUCCCCUAUUCUGCCGAAGCGGGAUACUUUGUGGCAAAGAUCAGGGCUGUAGAUGCAGACUCUGGAUACAAUGCACUGCUCUCCUAUCACCUGUCUGAGCCCAAAGGCAACAACAACCUCUUCCGGAUGGGAACCAGCACCGGGGAGAUCCGCACCAAGAGGAGAAUGAGUGACAAUGACCUGAAAAGUCACCCCUUGGUGGUGUUGGUUUGUGAUCAUGGAGAAGCCUCCCUGUCAGCUACUGUGUCUAUUGAUGUGGUGGUGCUUGAAAGCACAGCUGACAUCCACACUCCGUUCAGACAUGUGCCCAUAAAGGAGGAGACCUUCUCGGAUUUACAUUUGUAUCUCCUCAUCGCCAUUGUGGCCGUGUCCCUCAUCUUUCUGCUCAGCCUCAUCACCUUAGUAGCCGUCAGAUGCCACAGACAGACAGACGGCACUUUGGGCAGGUACGGGGCCCCGAUGAUCACCACCCAUCCUGACGGGAGCUGGUCUUACUCCAAAGCUACUCAGCAGUAUGACGUGUGUUUCAGCUCAGACACGCUCAAGAGCGAUGUGGUGGUUUUUCCGGCACCUUUUCCACCUGUAGAUGCUGAACUGAUCAGUAUUAACGGAGGAGACACCUUUACCAGGACUCAGACUUUACCUAACACAGAUAAGCCCAAGGCACCAAAUUCAGACUGGAGAUACUCAGCCUCCCUGAGAGCAGGUGGCGUAAUGCAGAGCUCCGUGCAUAUGGAAGAAUCAUCAGUGAUGCAGGGAGCCCAGGGGGUUCUGGUCCAGAACUGGCCCACAGCAUCCAGCGCUGCUGAUGCUGAAGGAGGAGAGGUCUCACCCCCAAUGGGUGCCGGAGUCGACAGCAACAGCUGGCACUUUCGCUACGGCCCGGGGGGUCCCGGCGCACCACCGCAGCACCUCAAGCCCGGCGAGGUCCCCCCAGAGGCGUUCAUCAUCCCUGGAUCCCCUGCCAUAAUAUCCAUCAGACAGAACCAGGGAGGAGAGGAUGACAAGAGCGACUUUAUCACCUUUGGAAAGAAAGAGGAGGCCAAGAAGAAGAAAAAGAAGAAGAAGGACAAGAAAGACAAGAAGGAUAAGGGGAAGGAUGACGAUGAAUAAAGGAGAAGAAAUGAAAAAUUGGCAAAGAGAAAAAAAACGGGUGUUGCUAAAACAGAGGUACCAACCGAAGUCCAAUGGGCAAAAAAAAAAUAUGAAUAUGGAUUUCUUCAAUCCUGUUUUGUUUGUAUUUAACCCGGCCUUACCAAGGUUACGUUUACCUUCAGUCUAACACGGCGGAGGUAAAUUAUUGAUCUUGCCUUGAUAAACAAUAAGAAGAUUGAUUUUGAGCCACACCCCCAUGUGCCUAUACAACCUAACAUUCAACUCCAACAUAUUUAGAAAGAACAAUUAUUUUGCCUCCUGGGCGUGUUGGCACCUCUGUAUUACCCCCUCCACAUUAAUGAUAAAUAAUUCUCUGUGAGAGAAGACAAAAGAACAAGAAAAAGCUCUGUGCCAGCCAAGGAAAAGAAGAGAAAUGAAGUCAUGUGUGUAUUCCGGAGCUGGACACACUUCCACACUACUUGUAAAUAGCACAGGGGAGUCACUGAAAAGGAAAGCUAACACUCACAAACCACUGCUGCAGAGUCCUAACUUACCAACAGUGUUUCCUGCAAUCUCAAUGAAUCCACGUGCACGCAUGCUAACACAAGCAAACACACACCUUGCCAUGCGGACACUGAAGGCACUCGAGAGCUGGCGAGAAAUUAAAAAAUAAAAAAAAAUGUGUGCUAAUUUGACACUGCAAGCUUUUUGUCACCUAUGGGGUGCACAUCAACUCUCAGGAUGGACGGCGCAUCCCUUUUGCUGUUACUCUGUAUUCGCUCACUGCUUUUAAAGGACUGAGGGCGCUACCCCUCCAGCCGUGUCGCAGAGAGCUCUGAGUAGUUGAAGAGAGAAGACCUCGAUGGCAUCACGUUCACCUGAGUGUCAUUGAGGGGAAGUAGUCCGGAAUUCAGUGGAAGUCAGUGGACUCUGAAGAAAACGUGCAAAAUCUUGAGAUUUUCAUAACACCCUCUCUUAUCUCCCCCAUGCUGCAGCAAAAGCUGAAAGCUUUCUGCUUUGAAUGUUUGGUAGCAACCAGUCCUUACCUGAUACCUUGACAACAUUUGACCUGCUUGUGCUCCCCCUUAAUCUACCCGACCACCUUUCCCCCAUUGACGGACUCUUCAUGCCACGAUGAAGUUGACCUACUUUCCUUAAUUCUCAAAGAAAUCCACAGUACAUGUUUUGCCAUUUUUGUAUAUUUCCCCCUGAUUACCGCAUGUCCGCUCUCUUACCCCCACUGCUCAGGAUCCGUCCUGAGAAAAGGGCCUGGUUUGAACAUUGUGGUGUGCUGACAACAGCAUGGAGUAAUGUGGAUGAGGCCCGUUGGAGGCGGGGGUGGGAUGCACACCUUGAACUCUGUAAAAGUGCAAAACGGUUCAGUGCUUUUAACUUGUGAAUACUAAACUACGCUGUUCACUUCCUGUUUGUCUGCCGCCGCUACAGUGAGAGGGGAUCAGGUGGGAUCGACUAAAAAGAUGACAGGGGGGGUGAAGGACCGAGGAGCGAGGAGGCGGGUGCCGUGGGCUGGCCCUUUCCAACUCAAGUUUGCAAGACAGGAUAAUUAAUUAGUCGCAUCUAGCUUUUAUAAAUGUAGCGUAGACCUUACGGAUCUACAUGAAUUGAACCUGUUCAAAAAUUAUUAAUAUGGCAUCCAGGGUUCCCAGUCAACAGCGAUAUCCCACCAGUCCUCUUUCAUGAGGCUGAGACGGGCCUCCAGGCUUCUGUCCGUGCCCCCCCGUCCCUGCCUGUACCUUUCUUACACGUCCUCCCAAAGCUGUGCGGCUCAGUAUGAUGUCACUCCAAUAAGUGGCUGCUGCAUGUACUGCUCUAAGGAAACACAUACUAUAUAGAGAAAUAUAUAUAUAAAUAGAUAGCUAUGAUUUUAUUAUUUUUUGUAUUAUUAUUUUGGUUCUUCAUUACUCACACGGGAAAUAUUUGUAUGUACUUCUCUUGUCUAUGCCAAAACAUCUAUGUAUUUACCAUUGUCACGCUCCGCAGGUGUUGUACGGCAUCCACGAAACCUUUUUCGAUAUUUGUAACGCUAUAGUGUGAAACCUUUUUUUCCCCAAAACUUUAUGAUUUCUGCUUUUGAAAACAAGCAAAAAAAAAAAAAAAAAAAGACGUUCUGUGUCCGGCUUUGACAUGAUGAUCUAACUAACACUGUAAUAUUGUAACUGAAAUAUGUAUGAUCCUAUGAUGAGCUAUCACUUCCCUUUCAUUCUUCUGGAUCUGGAAAAAAAUACAAAAAAAUACAAAAAAAAAAGUGUGAUGAAAGUAUAUGUAGUGUAUGCUUGUAUUUAGUGAGCUUUCAUGCUGUCAUUCUUUCCCAAUGUAUGGUGAUGGUGGCAACGUGCGGUCAUAUGCGGACCGGCCCAGAUAUGUUUUACCCCCCCACCCCCCCUUUUUUUUAAUUUUUUUGUUCACUCACUCAUCUACUGUGACCGUGAAAUAGUGAACUUCAUUUACAUCCAUUCCCUUUUUGCCUUUGAUUCGACCUAAAUGGAAACAGUGGUAAUGUGUUUUGUUUAUAAAUCACAAAUAAAGUUUUCUUUCUUAAAAA